AUGCUAUUUAUUUAGUUAUUAAAGCCUUUUAUUAUUUAUUUGCUUUAAAAUUAUAUAUUGAUUAUACUAGCUUACAUAAAUAUGUCUCGUUCAGCAGAAAAUAACAAUGAAGAAUAAUUAAAAUAAAUAACAGCGUAUUUUUCUAAGAAUUUUUCAAAUAUAAUUAUUAAAGAAAAAAUUGGAUAAGGUUCUUUUGGUGAUAUAUUCAAAGCAUUUGACACAAAUUUAAACACUGAAGUUGCUAUAAAAUUAGAAAAAAGCGAAAAAGAAGGUUUAAUAUUAAAAUAAUUAUAAGGGAUUUCUAAUUUUCCUUAAUUAUAUGAUAUUUAAGUUAAAGAAAGUUAAUAAUAUAAUUACAUUGAAAUGUCUUAUUUAGGACCAAAUUUAGAAUUAUUGCGAAAAAAAUAACCGAAAGGUUAUUUUACUCUAAAAAUAAUAUUAAAAAUUGCCAUAUAAAUGAUUGAAGGACUUUGGGAAUUACAUAAAAAAGGAAUAAUACACAGAGACAUAAAACCGGAAAAUUUUGUUAUUGGUUCAAAAGGAAACCGACACAAAGUACUUAUUAUUGAUUUCGGAUUAUCGAAAUAAUAUAUCGAAUAAAAUUAACAUAUUCCAGAAAGAAAAAAUAAAGGACUUGUUGGAACAGCAAGAUAUACAAGUAUAAAUUCCCACUUAGGGGUUGAAUAGAGUAGAAGGGAUGAUUUAGAGAAAUUUAUAGUAGAAGUAGUUCUUAGUUUCCUAAUUAAUAUUCUAAUGAGUGGAACUCAAUAUAUGAUGAAAAAGUUAAAGUAUAAAAUUAACUCUGUUGAUGGUUCAUGUUUAGUAUCUCUUAACGAGACAGAUUUAAAGGACGAUUUAUAAAUAUAAAAUAAUAUACAUAGGAAAAAAGUAUUAAAUUGUAAAAAAAGAACAAAUAUAGUUUUAAAAACUUAAUUAAUUUUAUUAUUUUAAAAAGGGUUAGAUUUAUUAAAUGAAUAUUCACUUUUUUUAAAAAAAAACAAUAUAAAUGAAAAUUAAAUUAUAAUGAGUGAUUAUCAAAAAAUGCAAAAAUAGUAAGAAAAAGAAGAAUAAAAAAUAUAAUUUGAAGAUUUUUCAUAUAAUUAUAAUAAUAAUUCGACAGCAAUAGAAAUAGAAAACAAUAACAAUAUAUAAAAAAAGCCAUUAAGAAUUCCUAAUUGCGACAUAAAUGUUUUAAAUUCAUCUGAAGAUGAAAUAAAACAAUUAAAUAAUAUAUAAGAUAAUAUCGAAAUUGAAAAAGAUUAGAUAUAAAAAGAAUUAGACUAUGAACUUAUAAUAGAACCAGUAGAUGGUGUUCAGGCCAAUUUUUUCCGAGUAAAAGAAUAAGGAGCAAAAAUAGGUAGGCAUUCAACAAAUUAAAUUUUAAUUUUAGAAGAAUCGAUAUCUAGAUUUCAUGCAGAAAUCGAAUUUUUAAAUAAGGAAUUUUAUGUAAGGGAUAAAGGAUCAACUACAGGAACUUUUAUAAAAAUAAAGGAAAAAUUGGAACUAAAAUUAGGAAUGGUAAUAGAAAUGGGAUCAAAUUAAUUUUAAAUUAGUAAAAUUUUACUAGAACCAAUUUAAAUGAUUUAAUUAACGAUAUUAGAAGGCUUAUAAUUUAGUUAAGAAAUGGUUUUAUAAUGUGAUUAUGUUUCUAUAGGAAGAAAAAAUGGUUGUAAAAUAUUUUUACCUGAUGACUAACAUUUGUCUAGUAUUCAUGCUAAAAUUUAUUUUAUUAAUUAAAAAUUUAUUUUAGAAGAUUAAGCAUCUACUAAUGGGUAAACAUAUUUUUUUAAAACAAACAAUUUUUUAAUUUUUAUUAGUUCUUGGUUUAGAUUAAGUAAAGAAGGAUUAAUAAGCGAUCCUUAUAAAAUAUCGAAUAAUGUAACAUUUAAAGUUGGAACUACAAAUACUUAUAAUUGCAAAAUUAAAUGUGAAGACAAAGUUUAAAAUAUAAAUAAUAAUUCUUAAAUAAUAAAUUAAUUGUGUAUUAUUUGUUAUGAAAAUGAUAGAAAUAUAAUUAUUUUGCCAUGUAGGCACAAUUCUGUUUGUAUUGGUUGUGUUAAAAAUAUUUAAGUAUGUCCUAUUUGUAGGAAUAAAAUAGCUGAUACAAUAAAAAUAUAUAAAUCAUGA